AUGCCUAAAGAUAAUAAUAAAGAUAAAUUUAAUAAUAAAUUUAAUAAAACAAUAACUGGCAAGAGAGAAAAAAGAGAAAAAAGAGAAAAACCUAAAAAUGAAGCCAUUGAUAAUUCUAUUAAAAUACCUUUUCCCCCUCAUAUAACAAUAAACGAUCUUAUUGCUAAAACUUCUCCUCAUGGUAAUAAUCCUGGAAGAACUCCAAAUGCUUUUAUUGCUUACAAAAUGGGAAUUCAUCGAGUACUUAGAAAUGAAAAAUGUAAUUAUUCAAUACCCGCUAUCUCCAAAUUUGCUAGUCGUAAUUGGGCAAAUGAACCACCACAAGUUAAAAAAUAUUAUAAAAAAUUGGCUAAUGAAGCGAAAAAAAUAUAUGAGAAAUCUCGUCCAAUUUUCAUCUCUAUGGAUAGAAAAUUUAAAAAUACACAAACCACUACAAUUUAUUCUGAAAAUUCCUUAUCUCCAGAAAAAUCACCAUCUUUAUUAACUCAUCUGUAG